AUGGGUGUGCUGGUGAUGAUGGAGCAAGUGAUUUAGAAUUAGAAGAAGACGGGCGCCGAGAUGACGAUGAUGAUGGUGGUGAUAGGGAAAUUGUCAAAGAUGAUGGUGGUUGUGGCGGUGGCGCUGCUUGCUUUGGCUGGAGGGUUGAAGAGUGUAGAGUUGUGCGAUAUGAACGAGGAAGGGGUAAUGGCAUGCAAGCCGUCGGUGACAGAGCCCAACCCAGUGGAUCCCAGCCCUGAGUGUUGCCAGGCUCUCUCGGCUGCCAACUUGACGUGCCUCUGUGACUACAAGAACUCUCUCCUCUUGCCUUCUCUGGGGAUUGAUCCUCAACUCGCCAUGGCUCUUCCUGCCAAGUGUAACCUCACCCCUCCUCCCAAUUGCUAAUUAACUCAUUAAUUCAGCCGUCUCUCUCUGCUCUCUGCGGUCCGUUCUGUUUAAGUUUUACAUAUGUAUGUGUGUGUGUAUUUGAUUAUUGGAUAUUCUUCCUCUCCUUCAAUUACUUUUAUAUUUUCUACUUGGCGAUCGGUUAUGGUUGUAUUUUCAUGGUGCACUGUUCUGUGUGUGUGUGUGUGUGUAGGAUAGGAAGAAGGGUAUCGAGUCAUCUACUCUAAUCUGCCUGCCAAGCAUAUGCUAGCUAGCUCAUGGAUCUGAUGGGUCUCAUCUCAUCUCAUCUCAUGCAUAAUAUAAAAAGGGUCCAAUUGGACUAUAAUAUUGUACGUAUCUUUAUUUCUAUGUUUCAAGUUAAUUUGAAGCGUUUGGAUUGGAAGCCGGUCUGUCUGUACCUGUACUCCUUGAAUUUGUGUGCCAUGUGACCACGUGCUUGCCGUUGAAGCUAGCUAGCUAAAAUAUAUAAACAAAUUCAAUACUAUACCGGACGUACCCGCACAUUGGCACUUGACUGGGCUCAUCCUGGCUCAAUAUAU